AUGAGCCGAAAUAGUUCUAAUCAAUAUUCCAUUUACUCCGAAGUCAAUUCUGCCGACGAUGAAAGCAUACUAAAGGAAACUUAUCACUAUACAUUGAUAGUUAUUUUACUGGAAUACAUGGCCGAACCACGUUUUCAUGUAAACUCUACUGGAGCUCCUCAACCAUUAAGAGAUGAAAUGAACCAAAAAAGUAAAAGUGGUGAGUUUUUAUUGAGAGAACAGUCAAGCAUUGGCAGUUAUCAGAAUUCUAGCAGCGCAAAGGAUUAUCUUUUAGUUGCUCUCACAGAGAGACUUUCAUUGAUAACUAGGAACCAGAUCAAAGUGACCGACCCAAAUUUCAAAAGAUGCUUGUUGAAGUUCUAUAAUGACUAUUUCUUGGAUCCAAAUAUGAAGAUCAAACUGAAACAAACUUCUAAUAUCGAGGAUAUAGUUGCGUAUUUCAGUCAGUCUGCCAAUAAAGAAUUGAAUAAAGUACUUCUAGACAACUUCUCAUUGGAGCUGUACAGACAAGUUGCCUCUUUUUUAGAGUUGCUUAUCAAUUGUACCCCAGAAAAAUACAUGGCUGACUUCAAACCUAAACUCGAAGCUAUGAAGUCCACUUUCGAACCUAAUAGAUAUAGACCACUCACUAAAAGAUACUCUUUAGAUAUGAACUCAAAUGUACCAAUAACGGCGCAAAGACAACCGUCAUGGAAUUUAGAUGACAUUUCUCAUAUUGGUUAUUUUAUGAAGCUAUUUGCUAUGGACAAGAUGAAAAUACAAUAUGAUGUUAAUGAUAUCCUCAAACAUCUAUCACUGUCAUCUUACAAGAAUGAGCUACUAGAACUCAGAGUGAAGGUUAAGAACUCGUCGUUCUCUUUAUCCGUUAGUGAUUUCCCUACUGAGAGAGAAUAUAGAAAUUGGCAAAAUUAUAUUUUUGGAGAAACAACUCAACUUAUUGAUAAGUUUUCUUCGGAGCAAAUAUCAAAUAUAAAUGCGCCAACACCAUGCAUUCCUUCCAAUCGUAAAGCCAUAAUAUCCAAGUUAUUUGAAUUGAUUAUCCAGUCAGAGUAUAAGAAUGAUGAAAAAGUACUCGCAUUAUCUAAGGAAUCCACGUUCUUUAUUUUUAAGUGUGCAAAAUAUUGGUUAUCUGACUUUCCAUCAACAAUUGCCUCAUUAUUUUUUGCUGCUAUGAAUAAAGUAUUAUUUACAAACGAUAUGCUUAACGUAGAGUUUGUUGAGAAGUCGAUAAUGAUGGUCUCCAACCUAUUUUUGAGAUCAAGGGAAACCAAAGAACUAACCACAUGGAAUAAUUACGAUAGAAUACUAUGGGUGAAAACCUUACGGGUGAUUUGUUCAAAGACGUUUAAAUCUAUAAGCAUUCUAUUAUCUAAACUAUUUGACCCCAAUUUGCCCUCUUUUUCACCGUACUUAUCCUUUUAUUUUACAAUAAAGUAUACUGAUAGAUACACUGAGGAUUACUUGAAAUCAACUUCUUUUGAGAAAAAAUGGGCAGAGUCUCUAAGAAAUAAUAUCAACAGGGCUUGCCAAACCUAUUAUCAAUCCUUGGUCUCAACCUUACCUAGAGAUGAAACAUUAGAAAUACAGCAUAUUCAAGAUAUUGCAGAAAAGAUAUACAAGAUGAUUGAAAAACUACAGAAGAAAUACCCAAAACCGAUGUUUGAAGAUGUUAAUAUAGCAUUUGUGGUAGCAGACUUUUUAAUUAAUGCAUUCCUUGUUGAUCUUGAAACUAUGUUGCGUUUUGUAAAACACUAUCACAAAAUAGCUUCAAAGUCGAUUGCGCCUGUAGAUGGUUUGGAAUGUUACAAGGCUAUUGUCGAUUUACGUGAAAUAUAUGUUCAGAUAAAACCGAAUGAGCUUUUUCCUAUAAACCUUGAGAGUAUGUUUGGACAGUUUUUACAAGCCCUAAAUGAUGACAUCAAGAAAAGAAUUAUGCAUGUAGUAAAAUCAUCUAUAAAGGCUGAAAAAUGGGUUAGGAUGAAUGACGCAACUUAUUAUAGUACCUCUAUCGUUGAUAUAUUUAGAUUGGUGAAUGAAGCUGUACAAAUCUUUACGAAAUUUGAUUGGGAAGAUCAAUAUGAAAUUGCUUAUCUAACUACCAACAUCCUAAGUGAGUUCACUGAGGGUUUAAAAUAUUACUGUUCAAAACUUCAAAACUUAGCUGAAAAUGAUUUACAAAUGGAUGUAAUAAAUCUAAUUACUGUAACACCAGAAUCAACACCAUUGUCAUCAGGCAUAGAAAAAUUAGACAAGAAAGGAAAGACAUGGAGUUUUCAUCAGAUGAAAAGGGCAUUGAAGUCCAAACCAUCAAUAAUGGUUCCAGCUCCAUAUGAGUAUACUGUUAGGACAUGUGUUAUACUUAACAACCUGGAUGCAAUGCUGGGUAUGAUAACUCGUCUCGAUGAACUUGUAAAGCCGCAAGAAUUGUCUAAAUACUUAUCAGAGGCUAAAGCAAAGCCUAAUAGAAGUACUGAAAAUUCUAACAAUAUUAAUCACAUAUUUACCAUCAGAGUUUUAAAUACAAUGGAGGUUCAUGCUGACACUAAUGAUGGGUUUUCAAAUCUUAGAGUAACUCUAAAUGACUCUAAUCGAAAAUCGGAGUUGGGAUCUACUAGAAUAAUAGAAGAUUCGCUAAACCCAAUUUGGGAUGAAGAAUUUGAACUACGAAUUUCUAACAAAGAAAAAGCAUAUAUUGACUUUCUAGUCUGGCACCAUUCUGAUGCCAAGAACACAAAGAUGGUAGAACUAUGUGCAAAAGGACACGUUGUGUUGGAUCCAAAGCGUUUUUCUGAUAAUGGCUUACCAUCAGAAAUGUCCAUAGCAAUGUCUCCCAAGGGCCACCUAAAUAUACAUGUCACUCUAGAGACUGAGAAAAUGGAUCCACUUUUCUGUAUUGGGAAUGCCUACCGCACAGCACUAAGAUCAAAGGAAAAACUAUUAAAUAUGAUUGUUACUAAAUUUUCUACUGUUGUUGCACAUAUUAUUUCAAAGAACACCUUGAAAUUCGUUAAAGCUGAAAAGAAAAAUUAUGUUGGAAAGGACGCAGAGGAGGUUGUUUAUGACGCAAUUGUUCCUCUAUUCGAUUACUUAAAUUCUAAUUUAAGUAUCCUGGCAUCGGAACUUCCAAAAGAAUUAUUAUUCGAGGUUAUACUAAAAGCAUGGGAUGUCAUUUUAUUAAGAGCCGAUUCCAUGCUUCUUCCUUCCUUGUCUUCGAUAUCUUCUAGCGGUCUUGUAAACUCCGCUAGAAAAUCUAUAUGGAGAAAUUCUAUCAGUUCUAAUCCUACGAUAUCAGGCUUUGGGAAACCGCUAACAGAAGAAGAUAUAUCUAUUGUAUUUAAAUGGUUGGAUGCAUUGUGCAUCGAUUUCUUCCAUAAUGAAGGCGCAGGUCCUUCCAUAGAGAAUUUAAAGAAUGUCAAAUAUACAAGUAUGUUAAACAUUCCAAAGUUUUAUGGUACAUCAGUACCAGAAUUGAAGAAGCUGAUUUUACAACUCGAGAAGAGCUACGAUCAGUAUUUAGAUCACAUAUACAAUCAAGACCAUGCGACUAUUCAAUUGAUCAGGACUCAAACUAUGGGUGUUUCGAGACAUGCUACAAUCAUGGGUAGUUCAACUAAGGCUACGCGAGAACAAUUGAAAGAUAUUAUCAAAGAAGAAGAGCAUGAUCCACUGAAAAUAUCUGCUGAUAAAAUGGAUGUUAUUUUGAGGAUUCUCUUGGCCAAAGGGGAGUUCCAUUUUGUCUAUAAAAAUCUAGAAAGAAGGAAAAAAUUAUUAAAGAAGAUGGAGAACAAACGUAUGGCUCGCAAUGCGGCAAUGGGUAAAAAAGCGAUACAGUAA